CCUCUAUUUCUCUCUUUCCUGUGCAGAUGGCUCUUCUUCUUCAAAUCUGCCGGCAGCCAGCUUUCGUUUGUCCAAUCAUCAUCAUCAUCAUCUCUCAUGGCUUCCAAAUCCUUUCAUCUCACCAUUUUUCUAAGUCUUCUUCUCUCUCACCUUUUCAAACGCAGAACGAUUCUUCUUCCUCAAAAACUCGCCAGCGAAGUCUUUUUCUCUUUCUCCGAUCAUCAUCAUCAUCUGUCAUGGCUUCCAAGUCCUUCAAUCAUCACCAAGCCUCCACCUUUUCCCUCAUCUUCUAUUGCUCCCUCCAUUUUCGAUUUCUCUUUCUAUUUCUGAUCUGCAAUUCAUGGUUGUCUGUGAAGAUCGAAGCGAGUGAGCACUCAAAUCAGCAUAGAUGAAGCCUGAUCCAGCGAGUGGUGAUAGUGGUGAUGGCUACGUGCAACGACGGCGACGAUCGGAAAACGGUAACUCACCAGUUUGCACUUGAACUGGUCGGAGAUCCAUGUGCAACCAAAAAUCAGUUCACACACCUGAAAAGAGACCAAGCCGCUCCUUUUGUAAUCGGCCCAAAUCCCUCACAUCGGGCCUUCCUUGGCAGACACAAGUUUCGUAAGACUAGGUCCAUUUUGGUUUAGAGCUACGGCUUGAUUCUUGGUUGAAAAGUAGGGGUCUCUGAAGGGUAUAAAUAGGUUUUAAGUAGAGGGUUUUUGGGGCUUUUGCUUUUGGAAUAUUGGAAAAAAUCUGGAAUGGCGGUUGAAAGGGAGGAGAAGCACUUUCGGAGGUAUUAGAAGGAGCACCCGGUUGGAGAGGGUUCCCAGCUGAAUAGAGCUCACUGUUUCUGGGUAUCUCAUUUUAGGCAAUUUUCUGAAAAUAGAGGGGUUUUGGGAUAAGGUGGCGAAGGUGAUGAAUGGAGCCUGGUCUUGUGGGUGGGUGGGAUCCCUCCUUUUGGAAAUGGAUCCGCCUUUCUCCUGAAAUUUCCACCUUGGAUUUUCUUUUUCUUUUUUUUUCCUCUUUGAUGUACUAUGAUAUUCUGGUGAUUAGUGCUGAAAUUUGUAUGAAAUUAUUGAGAAAUGAAUGAUAGAUUUGUUG